AUGGAUAAAUUUUUGAUUAAGAAACCACGUUCUAGUAGCGAUCUACCUGUUAGUUCACAUGUAGCUCCAGAAGCUCAAAGAGAGACAAUUACAUCUUCUUCUUCAAAUGUUGAUUGUAUUCUUGGGGUUGGAUCUCUCAAACGGGAUCCCGGAGAAAGAAAACCCAUCUUUGAAUAUGAUUUUAAUAUUCGAGAUGUUGUGAGGAGACAUUAUAUUUUGAUGGGACCUUAUCAACCAAAACUUCGUGUAUAUCCUAAAACAACAUUUGGGACUAGUAAUCGGCAAUUUAAUCCUGAGUGGUUUAAUGCUCCAAAUUCUGCUUGGUUUCUCCUAAGAAAUGGAUUGCCAUUUCGUGGUCAUGAUGAGAGUGAAGAUUCCGAUUACAAAGGUCUUUUUCUUGAACUUUUGAAAUUUCAUGGGGUUAAUUGUCCGGAUGUGGAAAAGGUGAUAUUACAACAUGCUCCAAAAAAUGAUAUGAUGAUUUGUUCAACAAUUCAAAAAGAGAUUGUGGAUGCUUGUACUAAAGAAACAAUUAAAGCUAUCAUCAAAGACUUGGAUGGUGAUUAUUUUGGAAUACUAGUUGAUGAGUCAAAGGACAUUUCACAUAAAGAGCAAAUGGCACUAGUUUUACGAUAUGUUAACAAAAACGGAGAGUUGAUAGAAAGCUUUUUGGGUAUUGUUCAUGUGGGUGAUACAUCCGCAAGAUCAUUGCAAAAAGUAAUUUACUCUUUACUUUUGGAUCACUCGUUAUGCCUAUCAAGACUUCGUGGACAAGGUUAUGAUGGAGCUAGUAAUAUGCAAGGAGAAAAAAAUGGUCUAAAGUCUUUGAUUUUGCAAGAUGCUCCAUCUGCAUAUCAUAUUCAUUGUUUUGCUCACCAAUUGCAAUUGACACUUGUGGCUCUUUCUAAAAAACAUCCGGAUGUGAAAAAUUUCUUUUAUGUUGUCACUAAUGUUUUGAAUAUUAUUGGGACAUCUUUUAAACGCAGAGACUUACUUCGACAACACCAAGUUGAGAAGUUGGAAGAAUUGCUUAAAUCUGGAGAAAUUCUUACCGGACAAGGAUUAAAUCAAGAACGUGGCCUCCAACGACCGGGUGAUACUCGUUGGGGAUCCCAUUUCAAAACCUUGGAAAAUUUCAUGAUUAUAUUUUCUUCAAUUGCUAAUGUGCUUAAAGAUAUGAAAGAAAAUUCUCCACAUGAUCUUGAUAAACUUACGGCAGCUUUACAAAAGAAAGAUCAAGAUAUUGUCAAUGCUAUGGGAUUGCUUAAUCUUUCAAAGAGAAGAUUACAAACAAUGAGAGAGAGUGGUUUGGAGUCUUUGAUGGAUGAGGUUUCUUCAUUUUGUGGUAAACAUGUUAUUUCGGUUCCCGAAAUGACUGAAGACUAUCCAAGAUCGAAGCGUAAGAAGUCCGAAAUUUCAUAUUUACAUCACUUUCGUGUGGAAGUGUUUUAUGCAGUUAUUGAUUUGCAACUUCAGGAGCUCAAUAAUCGUUUUGAUGUUGUGACUAGUGACUUACUCCUUGGCAUGGCUAGUUUGAAUCCGGUUGAUUCAUUUGCUAAUUUUAGUAAGAGCAGAAUAAUGAAGUUGGCCGAAUAUUAUAAAAGUGAGUUUGGUGAUAAUGAACUUCGAGAUCUCAGUUAUCAACUUGAUAGUUUCAUUGUCUAUGCUCGAGAGUGUGAUAGCAAGUUUCUCAACUUGAAGGGGAUUAAAGAUCUUGCUACGAUGAUGGCACAAAUAAAAUUGGAUCAAACUUGA